AGCAAUUAUCACUUUUUAUAUUAAACCUGCAAUCUAAAAAAGUUGACUGGUAGCGAAAUACGCCACAAGACUUUUGCGACGCACGAGACGAACUAAUCCAGUUAGAAACAGACCGACUAGAAGCCAGUGAAUAAUUUGUACACUGCACGCAAGGCAGGCAAUCAAUGACAACACAUCGCUCCUCGAGGCUCUUUAAUAGAGUUGGGACACCCAGCCCUUAUCCUGCGAUUUGUGCAGCGGAGACUUGCGUUCAUUCUGCAUACCACAGAGAGGAGCGAUCAAAUGAGCAAAAGACGCGAAUUGUGAGCAGUAAUUAAGCGUUUAUAUGCGAAUCUCUCCGUCGCACUAAGAUGCGGUAUAGCUAACCGGUGCAGGCGGCGCGCGCGCUCUUGAUGUCAUCUGAGACCAGAACAGGACAAUUCCCGAGUUGAUGAACCUGUGUUGAGAGAGAGAGAAGCGAUGGAACAGGCACGGGGAUUAUUAUUCUAGCCAGAGAGGCAGAGGUUUAAUACUUCCUGGAUUAACUCUGUCGUAAUUGGAGCGGGCUACAGACAGUAGAGCAACGCGCUGCUGAUAUUGUGCGCCCGUUUAAACGCUUCCUUUAAAUACACGCUCUGGCGGGACUCUGACAGGUGAACGAGGCUAUAUAUUAGAUUCUGCAGUUUUUUAUUUACCUCAAUCCACAAAUCCUCAAAGUGGUCUUUGCUGAAGAAGCACCUGUAUUUGAGAGGUAGGAUGCUGAUCCACUACCUAACACAGCUCUGAUUCUCGAGAACACAUUUGGACCAUAUUCACCGUCAGCUGUUUCAUAUGGGCGAAGCGAGAACUCGGUUCCCUUCGUGUUGGACAUGGGCUCGAUGUCAAGAUAACGGUGUGUCCGAUCCAGAGCGGGAGAAACGAUGGGCCGAACUGUUCGAUCAGCUGGACCUAAAUAAAGAUGGGAGGAUCGAUGUGAAUGAACUGCGCACCGGAUUAACCUCAUGGGGGAUCCUUCGCAGUGAGGUAGACGAGAUUGUACGUGUGAGUGACACCAAUCAUGACGGCCAGCUGGACAUCGAGGAGUUCACACGGUAUCUGCGCACACACGAGAAAGAGCUCCGACUUAUGUUCCGCAGCCUGGACCACAACAACGAUGGUCACAUAGAUGUUGCAGAAAUUCAGCUCUCCUUGCGCAGCCUUGGAGUGAAUGUAUCCACAGAGCAGGCCUCCAGAAUCCUGCAAAGCAUAGACAGAGACGGCACUAUGACCAUUGACUGGAAUGAGUGGCGGGACCAUUUCCUGUUUAACCCCUUGCACAACAUGGAGGACAUUGCCCACUACUGGAAACACUCUCUGAUGUUGGACAUUGGAGAGCAACUGACUGUGCCAGAUGAGUUUUCGGAGAAGGAGCGGCGUUCAGGUGUGGUGUGGAGACAGUUGGUGGCCGGGGCAAUGGCAGGAGCCGUUUCGCGAACAGGAACUGCUCCUCUGGAUCGUCUUAAAGUUUUCCUUCAGGUCCAUGGCUCCAGUGGUGUGAGUUUGUUGGGUGGCUUGCGUGGAAUGGUGCAGGAGGGAGGACUGAGGUCUCUUUGGAGAGGCAACGGCAUCAACGUCCUUAAAAUUGCCCCGGAGUCAGCUAUCAAAUUCAUGGCUUAUGAGCAGAUCAAACGGCUGAUCAGAGGCAAUAAGGAGGGUGGUUCUCUAAGGGUUCAAGAACGCUUCAUUGCUGGCUCACUGGCUGGAGCUACAGCUCAAACCAUCAUCUACCCCAUGGAGGUGAUGAAGACACGUCUAACCCUCAGAAAGACAGGACAAUAUUCUGGCAUGGCAGACUGUGCCAAACAGAUACUACGUAAAGAAGGAGUGUGCGCGUUUUACAAAGGCUAUUUGCCCAACACACUUGGCAUCAUCCCUUAUGCUGGCAUUGAUCUGGCUGUCUAUGAGACUCUAAAGAAUGCUUGGCUACAGCGGUACUGCAUGGGCUCGGCAGAUCCUGGGGUUUUAGUGCUUCUCGGAUGCGGCACUGUGUCCAGCACGUGUGGGCAACUGGCUAGUUACCCGCUGUCUUUAAUCCGCACACGCAUGCAGGCUCAGGCCUCUGCAGAUGGCACUCCACAGCUGACAAUGGUUGGCCAGUUCAAGCACAUUGUGUCCCAUGAAGGCGUUUCUGGACUUUACCGUGGCAUUGCCCCCAAUUUCCUCAAAGUCAUUCCUGCUGUUAGCAUCUCUUAUGUGGUUUAUGAGCACAUGAAGAAAGCACUGGGAGUGGGAUCCUAAGGUAGAAUCAGAGUGAAAAAGAAAGAGAAAACCUGUAUUAAUAAAAGGAGCAUUAGGGAGGCACAGAGGACCCCUAGAGAUCAGGAUAAGGAAGGCAUAGUCAAUGAAUGACCUAAAAACCUACUCUACAUUGUACACAAUCACAUUCCCAUUGCAAUUUAUACUUCAAUAGGAUGAAAAGACAGUUUAGGCUGAGGCAACCAUUAAGAACAAUGGCUGUACUGAGAGUAUGUUUCUCUGUGUCUGGCAGCUUGGAGAUCUCAGGUUUAUUGUGCACUAUAAACAGCUUCUUAUCUUCAAAGGUGAACAUACAUAGUACUUCAUUUUACAUGGAAUGGAAUGUUAUUGGCAUAAUUAUAAAUGUGGGGUAAUACUAAUAGGUAAAGAAAGACAUCUAAUGACAGAGAAUGAUGGUGAAAUAGUAGGCCUAUUGCAGUAUUAUAUAUAUAUAUUUUUUUUAAAUGACAACCAAAGUUUCCCUCCUAAAAUUGACCAAAAUAUUGAAGGUGUUUUAAUGUACACUGGGGUAUGGAAUAUUUUAAAUAGUCUCUUCUGACGGAUGUUUCAUAACAUUUACGAAUGAGUGAUAAAUUGUAAAGCAUGUUUCUGCAGGGAUUUACAUUAUUGUAUGUCUUAUAUAUUUUUGUAAAGGUCAGUGAGAGUUAAACAUGUUAUAUGCUACAAUUUAAUGAUCAAGGAUUUGCACUCUUCAAAUGAUUGUGGAUUUUAUGUCUUCAUCAUGACAUCUCUGCUGCUUUGCUUUUUACAACUUCAGCCUUUUCAGAUAUUUCAGGCCUCAUUGUUGUGUAGAGUAAAAUACAGGAUUUAGUGUUAAAAUGAAGUAAAUGACAUUACUGCCUUGAACAACUUGCAAAUGGAGCAUAAAACAAGGGCGUUAGAUGAGAUGGGGACAGGGCCGACAACAACCUGCACCGGGGCCCCGGAGACCCUAGCUACGCCCCUGGAUGGGGAGUUUAUCAGUAAAGUUUUGCAUUAGAGUUGGAUGCUUUGUGUUUAUUAAGGAAUGUUCUGUUGUGAAUGCUAAAAAUGUGUCUCAGAGUAGUUUUUUAAUCUGCGCAAAGGGCUUUUGCAUGAUGUCAGUGUCACAAGUUGCAUGUUUUACGUGUUUUAAGAGCUCUAAUUGUCCAUAUCAGAAAUAUGCAAAGCACUGUUAUAUUUAAAGCUGACAAGAAAUGCAUGUUUAUUUAACAUAAAACUUGACUGCUGUUACCAGACUCUGUAUUUCAGAAACACAUACAACUAGGCUACUGGAUGCUACUAGAUUGCAGGACUAGACUACAAAUAACAAAGUAAUUUGUUUGGUUCUAUAAUAAAUGAAUGAAAUUACAAUUUUCGUAUCACAUGUAAUUUUAUAGACUAUAGGGGGGAUUCAGGAGGCCCUGGUUUGCUGCAUCCAAUGCAGAUUUAUCAGAAUAUUCAAAUGCCUGCCUUUUAAAAUUUUUUUUUUUUUAAUAUGACGUAUGGUUUUAGAUAUAAAUACUGCUUGAAUGUAGUAAUUUGAGAAAUACAUUUAUAACUUACCUUAGAAAAUAAUUACCUCUGGAAAUGGAAUUUACAUGUUUUUUUGUUUGAUAGUUUUGUUUUUGCUUGAAUGUAUUGCAUUAAGAGUAGUGUGCCUUGACAUGCUGUUUUCACUUUAAAAGAUGUGCAUGCUGUUUUGAGCCAGUCUGUCAAUGAUCCCUGCUUUUUCAUGUAUAAGUGAGAAUAAAUACAUUUGAGAGGUUAUUAAAAAUAUACUACAAAAUAAAAUGUUUUACUCAUAAA